AUGAAACUAGGAUACAUGUGUUCGAAGAUUCACUUUGAUUUAAGAUUUCAAGAAUUUGUCGACAGUAACCCCCAAGUAGCCACAUGGAUAGAUCAGAUUCCCAAAGGGAAAUGGUGCAAGUCUUAUAAUGAGGAUGACCGAAGGCGUGAAAAGAUCCAAAAUGCAAAGACCAAAGGAUGGAGAAUUGCAAAAAAGGUUGAGGACUUCUUACAAAAGAAUGAUCAGUUAAUUGUCAGUCUCCGUGUCCGUGUUUUUGAUAGAGACUUGCAAUUGUUUGAAGUUGAGGAUGCCUACAAUCAAUCUACACAUGAUGUCGGCGACAUUACGAGGAUGAUACGCAGGGCAAUAACGGAGUUGAACGAGGGAACAGGGUCGAGUGUGGAGGAAAUAACGGAAUUCAUUGGAAGGGAAUAUGAGGAUUUGCCGUUGGCCCAUGUGAAGAUUCUUGGUGUUCAUCUGAGGAAGCUUUGCCAUGAAGGGGAGCUUGCGCGUACUGAUAGUGGGAGGUACGUGGUUCUGUUUGAUGGUGAUGACGGAAUGGGUGAUGGAGAACAGAUAGAACAAUGUAAGGGUAGCAAGAAGAGGGAGAGAGGCAAAAGGAUGCAAGAGGAAGGAAUUAAGAAACAGAUUAAAGUGUUAGAGUUAGAUGGUGGUAGCACCAAUGAGCCAAAUAGGGUGGUAGAAUGGACACAAGAACAUGGGAAAGAGGAAGAAGAGGAGUCGUCACAAAUUCCGGAGUCCAUACUGCAUUUGGAAACGAUUCGUUCCUCCCAGUCGACAGUGUUGAACCUUCCUGGUGAUUCCGAGCAGCCAUUGUUGGUUCCUAUUUCAGAAGGGUUGCCACAAUGCAAACCAGCAGCAGGGAUAGGAUUAUCACUAACUCACUUGCAACUGCAAGUGUCAUGUCAUGGGCCUUCUGAAAGUAGUUUGGAUUCAGCAGCCAAAACGUCAGCUUCAUUAUCUUCUUUGAAUUUUCAGAAACACAAGCAAGAUGAGAACCCGAUGCCUGGGGAUCCUGAGCAGCAGCCUCUAAAGCUUCAAUGCAGAGGGAGGCCUCCUAAGUCUAAGAGGCCUUGUAAGUCUAAGAUAGUUGCAGACUAUCAAGGGGAGUCAUUGUUGCCCUCAGGUGAUGCUUUUGUUACUGGGCAAAAUCCAAAUGUAAACAAAAUUGACAAAUGGUGGCUGUCACGACCCCAAGGUCGAGGUAUAGGUCGGGGAAGGAAAUCUAAACUACAUAGAAAGGCACACCGUGUACAGCCACAGGAGCAAGCUCAAGGUCUGCUGAGCUCUCCUUAUUCAGGCCAAAAAGAAACAAUUUAUUCAUCCCAGCCAACAACAUGGAAUUCUCCAAUUAAUGUAACUCGCAAUUUCGGGCAGCAGUUGGCGGUUCCUACUUUAGAAGGGCCUCCAGGGUACACGGUAAUAAAAUUAUCACCAACACAGUUGCAACUGCAAGUAUCUUCAGACAUUGAUUUGGUUACGCGGUCCAAUAUGAAAGGUUCAUUAACUUGUUUGAAUGUUCAUGAUAAGCAGCCCCAGCAUUGCAAUCAAGGAAGUCCUGAUGGAAACCUAGAUGAGAAUCCAAUGUCUGGGGAUGGGAAUCCUGAGGAGAAACCAAUAAAGCGUCCCAGAGGAAGGCCUCGUAAGUUAGAGACUGUUGAAAACUAUUCAGGGGAGUCAUUGUUGCCCUCAGAAGAUGGCAUUCUUGAUAAACAGGAGCCAAAUAUAAACAAAAUGGAGAAGAAACAUCAGAAUGGUUCAAGAAGAGGGCGGGGUAGGCCUCGUAAACCGAAUCCAAGUGCAAACCAAUGUGAGGAGCAGUUACAAGAAGAUCAACGUAAGCAGCAUGGUCGAGGAAGAGGUCGGGGGAGGCGUCCUAAACUAAGUCGAAAUGCUAACCAAGAUGAGGAGCAUUUACAACAAAAAAAUCAAGCUCGGCAGCAGUAUGGUCGAGGUAGACGUCCUCGGGGGAGGCCUCGUAAACUAAGUCAAAAUUCAAACCAAUAUGAGGAGCAGUUACGACCACAAGAUCAAGCUCAAAGUCUGGUGAGCUCUCCAAAUUCUGGAGGGAUUGAUAACCAAAUUCUGAAGGAGAAGCAGUUGGAAGUACAAUGUCGGGGAAGAAACACAGAAAACUAGCAACUAUAACAGCACUUAUUGGAUGAGCAAGCAACUACGCGUAUUUUAUGAGAUCUGCCUUCCACGACUUAAGAAGGGUUACUCUAUUCCGGGAGGAGAUAAUGGAAGGUUUUUGGAAGAAAGAAAUCACCGUGUACUCCAUUUCGGAUUUAGAUAGAGAUGUGUUUGUGGUGUCUCAGAGGGAAAAACAAUCACUGUACACUCUGCUAAGGUAGAGAUAGGUUCAUCAGAGUCUUUGUAAGCAAAAAAUUGAUCUCAAGUAGCUGAUCGGGGACUAGACAUU